UCUAACUUGGCUCCUUGCCAGUGAAAAGCGAACAGGGUCUUAGGAGGUGUGAGAUUUGAACCAACUCCACACUGGCACCAGCACCAGCAACGAACUAGCACCUGGUUCUUCUUGGUGAAAAAAGGGUGAAUGUUUCUUUAAAAGCAGUUUAGUUUCAUUUGUGCUGGGAAGACUUGAACCGUCCAGGAUGCAUCUGUUCCCCUUGAAGUCGCUUCUGCUUCUGCUGUUUUUCACUGGAUGCUGUGUAGGUCAGAGUAUUCUGCCACCGGGUCCAGUGGAGGCAAUGUUGGGGAGAAAUGUGACUCUAAAAACACUGGUUGAAAACCCAUACUCCAGCUUCAUAAUCUGGAAUUGCAGUGAUGGGAAGGAUGUGGACAAUGUCGCCACUUUGGAUCCAUCAGGGCUGAAGGUGAGCGAACAUUAUGAGGGAAGAUUGUCGAUCAACACCAACAAUGCUUACCUGACCCUGGGGCCCCUGAAGAUGGAGGACAGUGGAUUUUAUACCAUCUACAUAGUAGCAGAAGAUGGUGCUAGUACCACUGGAGAGGUGGAGCUCCAAGUCGUCACUCCAGCCACCACGUUCGUACCCACCUCAGCUCCCCCUGAAACCACGGAGCAAUGUAUAGGUUACUUGGUGGCUUUGACCGUUUGUGCGGUUGUGAUCACUAUCUUGCUGGCUGGUUAUCUGUUCUUCUACAAAUGGAUGAAAAACAAGAGAUCCAGACCUUCAAAUGGGAGAAACGUGGAGCAGCAGGUACUGCAGCAGUUUCGUCUGUUUGUGCUGGGAAGACUUGAACCGUCCGGGAUGGAUCUGUUCGCCUUGAAGUCGCUUUUGCUUUUGUUCCUUUUUGUUGGACGCUGCGCAGCGCAGGAUGUUCUGCCGCCGGGUCCAGUGGACGCAAUUUUGGGAAGAAAUGUGACUCUGAAAACGCUGAUUGACAAAUCGGAGUACAGCUUCAUAAUCUGGAAUCACAGCGACGGGAAGGAGCAGGACAAUGUCGCUACUUUGGGUCCAUCGGGGCUGAAGGUGAACGAACGGUUCGAGGGAAGAGUUUCGAUCAACGCCACCAACGGCUACCUGAGCCUGUUCUCUCUGAAGUCUGAGGACAGCGGGGAUUAUAGCAUCAACCUCAUAGCAGCAGAUGGUACUACUAGUACUGGGGAAAUUAAACUCCAAGUCCUGGAGCCCGUGUCGGAUGUUCUCAUCAAGCCCAACAUGCCUGAAGCGAUUGAACACAACAGCACAGUGGUUCUUAACUGCUCUGCUAAAGGCUCCUUCCUCAAGUUCACCUGGACCAACGGCACCAUGCCAAUCGUGGCCGACGGCAAGCGAGUGACACUGAAAACAGAGGAAGCGUCCAGUUCGCUGACAUUCGCAGGCGUCCUCAGGACAGAUCUGGUUGGUCCUAUUUACUGCACAGCUGCUAACGCGCUGGAGACGGAGAAGAGCGCCCCCUUCAACCUCACCGUCUACUAUGGACCGGAUGAAGUCACCGUCAGCCCUGCGAAGCCUCCGCAGUACAUAAGAGCCAAGUCCGACUUCAACCUGACCUGCUCGACCCGCUCCAGCCCGCCCGCCACCUUCCAGUGGUACCACAAGGAGACGUUGAUGGAGGCCAUGGACCCCGUCCUCACUCUGCAAAUUAUCGAAAAGCACGGACUUGGGAAGGAAAUGGGCAGCUACAUGUGCAAGGCGAAAAACGCCAAGACCGAGCGCGUCGCCUCCUCUCCUGCCGUUACCUUCGCUGUGAUGGAGGCCAUCUCGGGUGUUAAAAUCACCGGUCCGACUGAAGUCCUCUUCGCCGGCAACAGCACAGCAAACCUGACCUGCCAGGCGACGGCAGGAACCGUGAAGACCAAGACGUGGCUGAAAGACGGCAAACCCCUGAUGGCCAGCACCCGCGUGGUCUAUUACAACAACAUGAGCUCCGUGUUCAUCAACAUGCUGCAGAAAGAGGACAACGGAGAGUACAAGUGUCAGCUCAGCAACCCUGUCAACACCGACGGUGCCAGCUACAAGAUGGUGGUCAACUAUGGUCCUGAGCAGGCGGUGGUGAGAGGUGAAGAAGCCGUAGAGGUCAACGACCCCAUAAAGCUCACCUGCGCCGCCAUGUCCGUCCCUGCCGCCACCUACACCUGGAAGUUUAACGGCACGGAAACCAAAAUCACAACAGCGGACUACAUCAUCGAGAAGGCCGCGUACAAAAACACCGGAACGUACACGUGCCAGGCGUCCAACUCCGUUACCGGCAAGUCCAGCACGACCACCCACAACCUGUCUGUCAAAGAGGAGGGAGCGUUGGAUGAGGGUCUCUCAGACGGAGCCAUCGCUGGAAUCGUCAUCGCCGUCCUCGUUGCUCUUGGAGCCGCCAUCGGCCUAAUCUUUUACUGCCGGCAGAAAGUACCGGUCGAGUCACCGUACUAAAGAAGUCCCUGCACUCUGCUGGCCCAAACAUCCCAUCAUUUAGUUUCCCACGUUUUCCUUGUGCAGCCCGGAGGAGGCGGAUCCAGCCGGUUUCCUGCGAAGCCUUCGCCUAACCAGCUGUCCCAUCGUCCCCCUCUCUCCCGGCGGAAACCUCGAUUCGACCCAACCUGAUGGAUCCCGUCAGGGUUUCGGACUGUGAGCUGUUAUUUUUGAUCUGAUUUAUUUUACGUGUUUUGGAGCUUCUUCUUUUUUUUUUUUUUUUUUCCACCUCUGGGUGGGUCGUCUCCACCUCCUCCUCCUCCUGCCGUUAACAGGCGUCGCCCUUCAGCUUUUGUCUCGCUCUUCUUUUGGGGGGGAAAAUCAAAACACAGAGAAACUCUGCGACGUUUCCUGGACUGAAGCUGACGGACUGACGGCUGCGAUGAGUGACUUUCUUUAUCCUGCUGGAAACCUGAGGACGACACUCAGUAGGCCACACAUGGAGACAUUCAGGUUCAAAAAAAAAAAAAAAAAGAAAGAAAAUGCUGUGGUUUGUUUUAUCUCGCUGUCUGUUCCAGGCGGGUGGAGCUUCACCUGGUGAGCGAUGCAUCAGGUGCAGCGGAGGAUUAUAAAGUCGACCUUUAGAUGCUUCUCUGCUCUUGAGAGUUUAAUUGGAGACCCAGAAUACCUCAGUUUGUCCACUUGGUUCGAAACAUGUUGUCGCUCGAGGUUUUUCUUUAUUCUCUAUUUGUACGCUGAGGUUCCUCCAAAACUUUAUUACCAUUUCUCUCUUGUUUCCGUAAUACUUCUGUUCUCACAGCGUUUAACGCAAAUCUUUGCAAAAAUCUGAUUGCAAUUAAUCAAUUAUUAGUAACUGACAUUUACUUUGUAGAACGUGCCCCUUUAAAAUAAACACAAUGUUCCCAAAGUAACAAGAAUAAGCAAAAAUAAUAAUCUUUACUUCUAUCGCCCAAAACGUUCCAAAGUAUUUUAUUAAUAAGUAAUAAAUAUGAACAAUAAUACAUCUAAUAAUUAUUAUUAUUAUUGAAGAAGUUAUUUAUAAACUGCUUUUCUGGAUAUUCAAAGAUGCUUUACAUGAUAAACAAUCUUUAAAAUGUUGUAAACUCAAACACAAGGCAAGAACAGGGCAGAAAUCUUUUAAAAAGGUGAGUUUUAAGUGAUUUGUUUCUAACUUGCUGCACAAAAAAAUCAAAAUAAGUGUUAAAACUGGUAGAAACUGCCAACAAAAAAAAGAGAGAACCUUGUUGAGUAAAAAAAAAGUCUUUUUGUUAAAAAUGAGUUCAUGCAGAUACAUGAUAAUGGAUGAGUUUUUUGUUUGUUUGUUUGUUUGUUUUUUUUGAGUCUGAAGCCUCAGUUCUGCAUCACAGUCACCUGAAGCUGAAUAAACCAGGAUUAGGCUGCAGCAGCUGAGCGUGAAACCAACAUUCUGGAGCAAGUUUCACACAAGAGAGGAACUAAAUUAGGCGCAAGUGAUCUUAGUUUGUUGAGUUUAUAGUAAUGUGUACAAAAGAGAUCCGUUUUAGUUGUCACGAUUAUCCACUUUGUUCGAUCCACCCAGCUACAGCCAAGUCUUCUAUAAAUCCUCCUUCAUGAAGGUCAUAAUCAGAGCUUAAUUGAUUAGCUGUCGACUGUUCCAGCUAUUGAGUGAUUUCAGUUGAAAUAACUGAAUUUGGGCUUCGGGAAACACUUGAUUGUUGUAGAUCAAACAUCUAAUCGAUUAAUGGAGGAAAUGAUGGUCAUUGCAGCUGCAGAUACGAUCCGUUUCUGUUCAGUUUCCUGGGUUGAUGGAACUCUGCCUUCCUGUUAGAGGAUGCUGUUGAGCUGAACUACCCUCAUUGAUGAAUAUACAGGGUCAGUGAGGGUGGCCAAAAUACCAAAAACAAUCUCUAUAAAACACCUGAAUUGAAUUGUAUAACAGUCAUAAAGGAGGAUUUAUUGGGGGACUGUUGCAUUAGGCGGCAUUAGUGGGAAUAAUAAACCGUAAACUGAGCGUAUGUUGUGUUGGGUUGAUUCUUGUUGUGGUGACCAGGUGUAAAUAUCUUCUCUGUAGCAUCUAAACUCUUCAAAGGAACUCAUUGGUAAAUUACAGGUGGAUGUGAUUGUGUGACUUCAGAUUGAAGUUCGAAGCAGCAGCUGCAACCGACUCCUUGAGCUGAAUAUGCUUCGAUCCACAUGAUAGUUGAUUUUAACCAACUAGCUGUCAACCAAUCAGGGAGAAAUAAAGUACAUGGAAAAAAAAAAAUCUGUAUUUUAAAUAUGGUUUUUGGUAUUUUGAAUUGUUUCUGGGUGAGUUGAGGAGAACUUUACGACCCGCGGCACGAAAACAAAAAUCGUCUCUUCUCGUGUAUCGGUGGGUUCACUUCUACAUUUAUCAACAGGUUUCAAGUGGUUCAUCCACCGGAGACGAGCCGCUGCUUCUAUUGUAAGCUUUAUGUCUGCUGUAAUGUUUGUAGAUGUUAGUCAUGCACUGUGACGAACUGAGGAAGCAGAGUAUUUCCCAUUUCACGUAAUCCGCUUGAAAUUCAUGAACGAAAGCACGAGAGCCAAUAAAGACCGAGUUGUAGUCUUGACAUUUAAGGUGUGUCGAUUGAUUCACGAAGUCGCUUCGUCACGCAGGAAAACAAUCUGCCGUAAAAAAGUCUUUUGACAGCAAGAAACUGUGACAAUACGGACAUUUAAAUGUGAGUUCUUGUUGCAAAUAAAUGCUCAAUCUAACAUUUAAUCGUAUGCUGACUCACUACCGUGUAACGGCGGUUGCCAUUAACCUUUAAUACAGCUCAACUGUGCACGCGUGUACUAGGUGCAGUCCAUUACUUAAACAAAUAUCACUACACCCUACUUUAGGUUUUAACACAAAAUACACACACACACACAGUUUCUCAAGGCAAGUGUCCUUCUAUAAUCUUUGCUGGCUUCUUUCCAGCUGUUUUCGCUUUGCCUUUAUCCGCCUCGUCUUCGUUACCCAUCAUGCUCUGCGCUGUUUAUUUAAAUCCUCGUCCUCUGCGGACAUGCGUGAGAGCAGACGGAGGAGGGAAAGGCGGCAAGACGGAGCAGGCAUGAACGAGCCGGCGAGGUGAAGGUGAAAAGGAAAAGAAAAAAAAAAAAAAGGGCGGGAAGGUGUUUGUGACAUUCUUUGAGUUUUGGAGGGAAAGUUUGCUUCAGGGCGGAGCUGCUCGGACGUUUUUUUUAAAUUUUUUGUGUGUUGUUUUUUUUGUUUUUUUAAACACCAAUUGGAUGGAAGUUGUUUUAGACAAAAUUAUAGCUUUCGCAGUUUUAACAGUGCACCUGGCUUUCAUUUGAAAAACGUGUUAUUUGAAGUUGAGCUUUUCGCCGCAUCACACUUCUGUUCUCAAGUAUUUUGUCAUCAGACCUCAGAUGAUUUAUUCCUGCGCUUCGUGUGGUUAGCGUGUGAUCUCAGACUUCAUCAUGCACUGAUCUCCAGUGAGAAAAGUAUUUAUUUUGUUUUUUUUAAAAAAAAAAAGAACUGGAGCUGAAGAUCAUAGCUGGUCUGCAGGUCACACAUUCAAAAGCUCAUUGACUUUUUUUCUGUUUUUCUUUUUAAAUCAGUUUGUGACGCACAAACUGAAUUUUUAAAAAAAAAAGUCUUACAAACAUAUUAAUGCCUCCGGUUUGGGAUAACAAACAGCACAGAAUGUAGUAAUACCAACAUGUAGAUAUGAUGUUUUGUUGUCCUAAACAAGAUGCGUUCAUGUGUUCAAAAACAACACGAGCAGCCUUAAAGAGAAACUGCCCUCACUGUAAAUAAUACUGUUCUACACUGUAAACAGUUUGUGACAAGUUUUUUGUUUUUGGAUUAUAUAAGGGGUUUAUUACUUGCUAUGAUUUAAUAUUUUCACAGAUGUUUUGUUUUGUUUUUUUUAUGUUUACAGAAACUGUCUCACCUCUUUUAAAUUUCUGUACAAACCCUAAAAUAAGAUGAAUGUUCCCUCUCCUUAAAAAUCAUGUUGCCUUCUAACAACCUUGUAAAAGCCAUAAAAAUUGUGGAAGUAUUUUCCUAAAUUUC